CCUACAGCUAGAGCGCACAUUACGAAACGUGCUAAACGUGAAUGGAGUCAGGUUCGGCGGUCCACGUUCAUCCUGUUGUGUUAGCAUCAAUUGUCGAUGCAUAUGAAAGACGUGCGGAAGGAUCGGAGAGGGUUAUUGGCACUCUUCUUGGAACUUGGGGAAAAGGGAUCAUCGAAGUUACUCAUUGCUACAGUGUUCUACAUCAAGAAUCUGCGGUCGAUGUGUCUAUGGACAUAGAAUUCAAAAACAACAUGACCGUUCUCGAGCGCAAAGUGAACCCCUCUCAUAACAUUGUUGGCUGGUAUGCAACGGGGAAUGAAAUUCCGGAGACCCUCAAACUUAUCCAUCAAGAUGUUUACAUGCAGAAGUCAAAAAAUGCAAUCUUUUUAAUGGUAGACACAAAUAUGACUAUCGGGGAAAAAAUGGCCAUAAAAGCUUAUCUUUGCAGGAAGAUGGGUAUUCCUGGAGGAACACAGGGAUUUAUUUUUGUACCAGUAGAAGUAGAAGUCGAGUGCUACGGUGCAGAACGUUGUGCCGUUGAAAUGAUGGUUUCUUCUAUUGAUCCAAGGAGUAAAUUAGAACCUGAACUUGGAGAUGACAUGGUCUAUCUGUAUCAACUUUCACAACAUCUGCUCACUAUGUUGGAUCAGGUCAUUCGUUACGUUGAAAAUGUUAUCGAUAACAAAUGUCCAGCCGACCCCAAAAUCGGAAGGUCUAUAGCACAGUUAAUUUUCUCAAUCCCCAAAUUAGACCCUGAUCAUUUGGAGCAAUUAAUCAAUUCAAGCUAUAAAGAUUUGCUGAUGAUCACUUAUCUCACUAAUCUUAUACGGACGCAUCUAAAGAUUUUAAAUUUGGCCCAGUGAACAUUUGCAUCUCAAGUACAUUUUCUCAAUGUUGAGCGAAUUAUCCAGGUGUAAAUGCUUACAACUAGUAAACAAGUAUAAAUUGUUGCCCUGAUUUGCAGAUGAUACAUAUAAUCAAUUUCUUGGAAAUGCGGUAUUUUAAUGAAGUGUGACGUUGUGUAUUAUAAAUGUUUGUUUCAAAUGCUUAUAUUCCAACCUAUUGAUUUAAGUUUAAUAGCAUUGUUUCACUGGUUGCUUGCAGUUUUCGCAGGUUAAGAGCUUCAUUACGUCUAAUUUUUCUGUCGCGAGUUAUUAGAAUCUAUGUUCAUUUAAGUAGUAAUAUUUCUCUAUUUGUGUUCUUCACAGUUAGCAAUAUAUGCGUCUGAAGAUUUUAAAAGAAGUGAUUUAGAUUGGCUAUUCAACUGAUGUGAUCUG